AUGCCUCAAGCGCUUUGAGUAUCAGACAAUGAUGUUGACAUUGCUCCUGUACUUCAUAGUCCAAGAUAGGCAGAGGAGAGGGUGGUUUUUUUCCGUCUAGAAAAAAAUGCUCAUCCCUUCCUCAGAACAUUUUGACUGUGAAGAAAGCGAUUGUAAAUAUGCUUCAAGUCCGCUUGGUGGUGUUCAGCUAGGAACAGUGAGAAAGAGGCAAUAGUGCAGAAUCCGGAAUGGAUGUCCUCUUCGUAGCCAUCCUUGCCGUGCCACUUAUCCUGGAUGACUUUGGUGCAAAUUUCACUGUUGAUUACUCCAUGUUUGAAUCUGAGGACAGACUGAACAGGUUGGAUAAAGAGGUAAGGGAAGCAGCAGAGACUACCAUUAGUCAUGAAACAGAAGGUGCAGACCCUCAGAAGCCUGAAACAUUGAAACCAAUGACAGUGGAACCAAUUUUAUUUAUUCAUGAGAGACACAGAGAAAGAGAGAGGCAGAGACAGAAGCAGGCUCCCCACAAGGAACCUGAUGCCCACAAGGAACCUGAUGCCGGACUCAAUCCAGGAUCCCUGGAUCAGGGCCCGAGCCGAAGGCAGACGCUCAACUGCUGAGCCAUCCAGGCGUCCCAGGAAGUACCUUCUUAAGAAGGGAGGGAAAGUAUAGACCAAUCGCUUGAGGAAUCUGGUAAUGAAAAAAAGAGAAGCAACAGCCAGAAAGGGCAACAGGACCAAAGGGUAGCCUGAACAUAGUUGAAAACAGAGGAGAGGAGUUGGUAGGAAUGGAAAGUUGGUGCUUGAUGACAAGGACAGGCAAAUAUUUUAAGGUAUAUAGUAGGCUACAUUUAAAUUGUAAACUCUUUGAAGAAAGGAGCCAUGUCUUAGUCACAUUUCUAUCCCGCUGUAGCACCUAGCACAGUGACUAAGCAUAGUGUCAUGCAAAUAACAGAUAAAAAAUACACAUCAGUGAAUUGUGUUGAGCCUCCCUGGUAUGGUCAGGAGGCUGAAGGCACAGAGGAAAGAAUUCCUCAUCGUUAUGGGGAGGAGAGCUGGAUCUUUCUGUAAACUCAGAAGAAAGGAAGACUGAGGUUGGUGUCAAAAGAUGGCCAUCCUUCCACAGGGGGAGGAGGGAUGGUAGGAAGGAUGACACUGCCCUACCAUGGGGGGA